AUGCUGGGCGCCGCGAGGAGAUCCGGAUGCGUGCUGGGGCAACUGAUGCAGACCCUCCGCCCGGCGGCCACGGCGGCGAGGAGCUACUCCGCGACCCCGAAGGAGGGGUGGUUGCAUAUUGGCCAGUCAUGGGCUUUAAACGGUAAAAUGACUGUGCGUGAAGCAUUGAAUUCCGCCCUUGACGAGGAGAUGUCUGCCGACCCUUCUGUUUUCUUAAUGGGAGAAGAGGUUGGAGAGUACCAAGGUGCGUACAAGAUAACAAAGGGUUUGCUGGACAAGUAUGGUCCUGAUAGGGUUCUCGAUACACCAAUCACAGAGGCUGGUUUUACUGGCAUUGGCGUUGGUGCUGCCUACCAAGGUCUUAGACCUGUAGUAGAGUUCAUGACAUUUAACUUCUCAAUGCAGGCAAUUGAUCACAUCAUCAAUUCAGCUGCCAAAUCAAACUACAUGUCAGCUGGUCAGAUAUCCGUUCCUAUUGUUUUUCGAGGACCAAAUGGGGCAGCUGCUGGAGUUGGUGCUCAACACUCGCAGUGCUAUGCAGCAUGGUAUGCUCAUGUUCCAGGAUUGAAGGUCCUAACUCCCUAUUCUGCAGAAGAUGCUCGAGGCUUGCUAAAAGCUGCAAUCAGGGAUCCAGACCCUGUUGUUUUCCUGGAAAAUGAAUUACUCUAUGGUGAAUCGUUUCCUAUUAAGGCUGAAGUACUUGAUUCUAGCUUCAGUGUCCCAAUUGGCAAAGCUAAGAUAGAACGGGAAGGAAAAGAUGUUACAAUUACUGCAUUCUCUAAGAUGGUUGGUGUCACCUUGACUGUGAAAGACUUGUUCACCCUGAACCCCUGCAAAAUUGUCCCCAGUGGCCCCUUCCAUAUUACCUUUGGGUUCGUAUCAUGCAGAAACUUUUUUGAUAGACUGAGAGCACAGACUGCUAUGGAACUCAGGGCAUCCAUGAUCUUGAUGAUAAGGUGCUAUGCCUCAGGGCCUGGUGUCAUGGCUCUGAAAAAGAAGGCUGCAGAGAUACUGUCCAAGGAGGGAAUCAGUGCUGAGGUGAUCAACCUUCGGUCAAUUAGACCGUUGGAUAGAGCUGCUAUCAAUGCAUCUGUCAGGAAAACCAGCAGAUUGGUAACCGUUGAAGAAGGCUUUCCACAACAUGGUGUUGGUGCUGAAAUAUGCAUGUCCGUAGUGGAGGACAGCUUUGAGUAUCUUGACGCACCAGUUGAGAGGAUUGCCGGAGCUGAUGUACCUAUGCCCUAUGCGGCAAACCUUGAAAGAUUGGCAGUUCCACAGGAUUUAGCUUACCAGAUUAUGUUGGACAUGGGAGACGAUUCUUCAAAUGUUUCUAGGGAGACGAGUAGGCAGAGCCGCAUAGGAAAGGUUGAGGACAUCGUCCGUGCAGCAAAGCGAGCUUGCUACAGAUCAUCAUCCAUGGCGGCAAACGCCUAA